AUGCAAGCAUGGACAUACUUUUUCUUGCUGUCAGCCUUCGCAGUACUGGUGCCUAGCUCCUGCUCCGUCAAAAAGGAGGAAUGGCGUAGUGGUUUGGAGCUGCUAACCACUGAGCUUAUGCGAUAUUCAGACUACUGGGUACUCUUAGCAGUUCUGGUAGUGAUGAUGCUGAGACCAGCCUAUAUAUAUGCAGACAAAAACGCAUUCGACUACGCGGUAGCUCUUCGAGCCAAUCGCAACUGUUUCUUCUCUCCGUUAGGAUGUGUAUUCAUUGCUGGUAGACUCGACCAUUCACCAGCAUUACUGUACAGAUCAAGAAUUUGAGCCAUGCAGCGCGAUUUCUAAGCUUUUACAACCACUUGAACAGUAUCGCAAAUAGAGUAUCAGUUGUGAAUUUUUGUAA